AUAAAUUUGAAUCCUGGCUAUGGGCGAACUGCUUCCCCAAAUUUCACGGCCCUUGAACUGCUUUCUCACAGCGACGGCGAACUGCCGUCGGCGAUUUUUCCAUUUCCCCAAAUUUCUCACGGUGAAAUGCUCGACGAUUUUCCCCUCCCUCGGCGAACUCACGGACGCUUUCAUCGAUUGGUGGCUCCGGCUGAAGGCGUUCGGGUCGGGUUGGGUCGGGCCUCAAAGCUGCGGGUCGUGUCGAAGAAUGCGUUGUCUAGGUGCCUGAGAAGCCGCUCGGGCUCUACGAUCCAUCAUUUGACAAGGAUUCGUGCGGGGUUGGGUUCGUUGUGGAGCUUUCUGAUGAAAGCAGUAGUAAAACGGUGACGGACGCUAUUGAAAUGUUGGUUCGAAUGACGCACAGAGGUACAUGUUGCUGCGAGACGAAUACUGGAGAUGGAGCUAGAAUUUUUGUUGGGCUUCCACAUGAUUAUUACAGAGAGGCUACCAAAGAUGCUGGUUUUGAGCUUCCUGCACCUGGAGAAUAUGCAGUCGGCAUGUUUUUCCUGCCUACUUCUGACAGUCGCCGAGAGCAAAGUUGUGUUUACAAAGAAACAGUACUCACUUUGCUCGACCUUACGAGAGUGACUGAAAUGUCAGAAAUACAGCUGCAGGACAUUGUCGAGUCCGUUCAGGAAUCCGAAAGGGUUCCUCCUCCCAUAUCUGGCGUUUUUCUGGCAUCUCCUGAUGAUGAAAAUAUGGAGAACAUGGGAAUUCAUGGCUUGUUGUCCCCGCUAAAAGCGUUGGGCUACACCGUUGAAUCCCUGGAGAUGCUAUUGCUUACCAUGGCAAAAGACGGGGUACUUCUUUGUGCUUCACAGGCAGUUUCUUUGCCCCCAGAUGCUUUACCUGAGCCACCAUCAUCUUCUAACAAGGCCGGUGAAUCUUCCCGAAGACAGGUUGUACUCUCUCCUUCGAAUUCAACAAAGGGUAAAGUUUUGUCGUCAGGGCUGAAGGAGUUUGGCGGGAUAUCUGAGAAUGUUGGGAUUUCAAGUCUAACCGGACGUCCCUCUGAAGAAACAAAAGCAGACACAAAACCUGACUGCUUGUUUGCUGGUGUGUUUGGGAGAACGGUCUCCGGAAUCAGUGCAUAUUUACUUACAAGGAGCCACAGCGCAAUGCAGUCGUUCAAGUAG